AUUGCCAAAUUUUGUCUGACAUUGACGUCAGUGGUUGGCAAAUUUUGAUUUUACAAAUUCAUACAGAUGUGGCCCGUUUUUUACGCAGCUUUAAGGGGCUAUGCCCCGUACAUCACGUUACCGUUCGCCGCAUUGGUGGGUUUUAUAGGUUAUAACUUGGAAAACAUCUUGUCCGACAAAUAUACACCUUACAACAAGUCAAUUGAAGAACAACGUAGGGAAAGACUGCUGGCCGAAGGCAAAUUGCAACACACUGACAAUGUGGAGAAGGCUCGUUACACCAAUGUUCUAGAAGCCAAUUUAAGUCCAUCGUUACAAUGAAUACCUUAGUUUAUUGACGGGAUUCAUUAUUAGGUAGCUGUGUGGAACGUUUUAAAUAAAUGAAGAGCCAUUUUUUGUUGGUUUCUUUUCAAUGGUAAUAAUUGUAUAUACAAUGUACAUAUUUUAGUUUUUACUUAAUUAAAAUAGUUUUUACCUGACAA